AUGGCGGUUAAGGAAACGUGGUUACUCUUUGCCUGCCUGAUUCUAAUUUCGAGUAAAGGAGAAGAAAAUUCAUCUGGAGGAAACGGAGAUGUUACCGGCGAUAAACGUAAUGCACAUGGCGAUGUAGCUUUUCGAAAAAUCAGAAAUAAUGACAGAAAUGGAGGUGAUGGAGAUAAUGAUGAAGGCAAUGCUUACAGAGAAUUGCUCGAAAAGCAGAAUGAUAUAAUUGUGGAAGACCUGCGAAAGGGCACGCCUCGAAAAACAAUCGGAGAACCAAUCAAAAGACUCUGAUAAUAUAUUUGCUCCAUAAUGCUACUUCAACUAUUUCAAUAAAUUGGUGAC